AUUUUUUGAGAGGAAUUGUGAGUACAGUACUGUUCCUGUGAGUUCGGUAUUGAAUCCGGAAGUUGGGAAUAUCCACGAUUUCUUGAAGUAAAAACUUACGCGGUUCGGACCAAGAGUUGUUCAAACGAACGAUAUUUAAAUAGAUGUCGUUCCUAGAACGUGUAUGCGUGUAUCAGUCAGCUUGCAACCCUGCCAUCAUAAUUCCUACACGGAUGCCUGGGUGGAAGUGUAGUGCCGAAUUAGCGUUUUCAUGAACAUCGACUCUAUACCUAGUUCAUUUUGUUUCACACUUCGGUGUGGACCAAAUGUGAGUGCACUCCAGCGUUGAAUUAGUGCGAAUGUGAUGGAAAAAGGAGGGCGUAUCACGUAACUUGAUGUAAUCAUUGUCAUUAUCACAGGUGCAUUUUUUUUAAAUAUGGAUAGCGAAAGACAGAAAAAGGUUCCCAUUGUUGCGAGAGCUUCUCCGUUGCCGACUCGACCAUCGCGUCCUAUGGAAAUUCGGGACGUACCUCACACUUCCGCAUAUUCAGCGCCAAGAAUCAUCACACCCUUGGUACGCCAUCAAAGUCAAGCUAAUUCUCAGCCAAUGGAUCUCGCUAGUAGAUCAGGCGCGCCUACCGCCUCCCCCCUGCUAGUCUCAACUGGAACUGAUUCUCCGAUUCCGUCUGUUCCUGGAGUGACCAGGAUCAUUCAUCCGAAUCCCACUGGAAAGAAUAGCGGCUUACCCACCAUUCUUUUGUCAUCUGCUCCCAACGCAGCGGUGCGCGCUCCAAUUCAAGCUCACGUUAUUCCAGUAUCUGCCCGACCCGUUUCCUCUGUGACUAUUGCCGCCGUGCACAGUGGUAACGUGCUUUCACAAGGAACGCAAGUGUCAACGAUUCCGGUUCAUAUCGCUCAAGGAUCUGUGGCGAGUGUUUCAGUGUCGAAAUCAUCUCAACAAGUUCCGAAGCUGAUCGCUGCUAAUGUUCCCACUAUCGCAAGUAGGAUCGCGUCUUCGAAUAUCGGUGUCAUCCCUCAACGACAAGCAGUAUUCAACCCAGUGAACGCGGAUGGAACCGGACAAGUUUCGAUUCCUUCAAGUUUUGUUGGUGUCCAUAGUGAGCUUAUUCGUGUCCAGCCGGUUCGCGUGCCUAUGGAUCAGGUUAGACCGACGAAAGCGGUCAUUAUUGGUGGUUCCUCGGUCUUGCCGAUUUCAAGAAGUCCCGCUGUUACUGUAGCAAGUGGACGAUCGAUUGUUCGGACGGGAAAUCAGACAGUUACGAUUUUUUCUACCGGAGCGGAAAGAGGAAAUCAACAGCCUCGACCUUCUACGCCACUCGGAAUUGCUGUGCUUCCUAGCUCCGCUGCUUCAUCAGUAAAACUAGCAACCUUUCCUUCGACGAAUACUCAAGGAACCUCAACUCAAGUUGUAAGCUCGCAGAUGCAGUUUCCUCUCAGUAACGCGAGGGUCAAUGUACCUGGCUUACGAACUGUUCCAAUUAUCGAGCGUCCCGUUGUUGCUUCAAAUUGCGGGUCAAGCACGUCCCCGACUAGAUUUUCGCGAGUACCAUCCAAACUCAUGCCCAAGUCCGAAGGAGACAUGCAAGGAAUUCGCACGCUUCAAUUAGGGUCAGUUGGUGGAAACAUUCCCAAGUCAGCGUUGUCCCUGUCCGUACGUCCGCCUUCUCCGUGGAAUGGAGACAGCAAUUCUUCAAGCACACUCUCUGCCACCUCUUCACCAGGUGAAGAAUUUCAUUACCUGAAGAAAGAAGCAGAUGAUCCUAUGACUGAUCACGAGAAGAAGCCUGCAUUACCGGUUGUUCCUCCCCCUUCAUUUCUCAACAAAAUAAGCCCACUCGUGAAAACUGAAGAAAAGGUGAAGUCGGAAGUUACUAGUGAAUUCGAUAGGAAAGAAGGGUCCGUAAAGGUGUCGAGCCAUCAGUCUCCGGAACUGGAUUUAAAGCCUGAUGUCUCUUCCGAAGAAAAGCCACUUUUUCCAGGGAAACGCAAGAAGCAGAAGAACCAAUCGGAUGAUAAUGAAAAACCUCCACCAGAUGUUGGAGGUCGUAAAUUGCGUAUCAAACGAACUCCUUUGCUCACUCAAGCACUAGUUCCCAAGAAGCGCAUAAAACGAGAAACAGACUUUCUAGCCGUGAAUCUCGGCAUGGACAAUGAGCGCAACCGAAAGCCCUCCAUUCUGGGAAGUUAUAAGUGCAGGUGGAAUCCUCGUCAUAAUCACUUUCCUAGCGGAAAUUUCAAAGUGAAAUACUCCCGCAUACCUUCGGCGGUCGAAUUGGCUUCGCAGAAAUUUGUGGCGAGAAAAUCAGAAGGUUAUCGUUUCGUUAUGAAGGAUGAAUUGGUUUGCCAAAUGAAUGUGGACGAUUCCGAUAUGGAACGUGAUCUGGUAUCGCUGAUGGAAGAUGCGAUGGCGUGGGCGCCAAGUUUUUCAAGUGCACAAAUGCAUUUGUUGAAGGAGCUGUUUCUAAGCAAUAUUCAGAGAGUCAAGGAGACGCAGGAACAGAAUCGAGAAUCUCAGGCCUAUAUGGCUGGCAUAAUUGAUCACAAGAACACAAUUCAGUAUUCUGAAUUUUUAUUAUCUUUGAAUCUGAUAAACAAAAUCAAAAUGGCAUUGCAACAGUAUCGCAAACAAGUGGAAGACCUAUUGAAUCAGAAAUCUCCGCUCACCGAUACUCUCGCGUUAGUAGAGAAGAAAACUGGAGUGCCGAAGUUGUACAUCGCCGGAGGAUUGACCUUGUUUACUACGCUCUGGCUUGUGUAUGGAUUUGCUGCUCAACUGCUCUGCAACGCAAUUGGAUUUGUCUAUCCAGCCUAUACGUCCAUGAAAGCACUGGAGUCUCGAAGCACUGACGACGACACCAAGUGGCUUACCUACUGGGUCGUAUUUGCUGUGUUCUCGAUACUGGAAUUCUUCUCCGACAUCCUCCUAUCGUGGUUUCCCGUCUACUGGCUUGUCAAGUGUGCGUUCCUGAUCUGGUGCUUCGCUCCUCUUCCUAUGAAUGGAUCGAUAGUCAUUUACCACAAGAUCAUUCGUCCAGUCUUUUUGAAGCACGGACACGUCAUUGACUCAAACAUCGAGAAAAUCAAAGACUUGGCCAAAGGCCAUGGAGACAAGUCGGAAAUGAGUGCUUUAGAAACGGUAGAUAUUUGCGGCAGUUCAGAAGCCGGGAAAAAUGCGCGUGCAGCCUUUUACAAGUGGUUGAACAAACCUAUGAGGAUUGUGCUGAGUGACAAUAGGGUGAUCAUCGGCAUUUUCUUGUGCACGGAUCAACAGGCGAACGUCAUCCUUGGAUCUAGCAGAGAAUAUUUAAGCGCCGAGUCAGAACAAGAUGGAGACGAACCCCGUAACCUGGGAUUGGCUAUGGUUCCUGGUAGACAUAUUGGAUCGAUACAUGUGGAUUACAUGAUUCGUACUUCUUUUAUUGGUAUAAUGCCUUGUUACCUGAAGCACUUUGUGGCAGUCCCCACGAGAUGCUUGGAAAAUGUCCAGCGAGGCGCUGAUAUUUUUAAAUUACUGGAUGCUGAAUUACCCCCGAACAUGUAUUAUGUCACGUAUAAAACAAGAUAUCUGCUUCCAGAAGAUAUAAUUGAAGAUGGUUCGUUCUUACAAAUCCGGAUGCGGUUGCGCGGGGGAAAAGGUGGUUUUGGGUCUAUGCUCCGGGCUAUCGGAGCACAGAUCGAGAAAACAACAAACAAAGAAGCCUGUCGAGAUCUGAGUGGAAGACGGUUGAGGGAUAUUAACGAAGAGCGACGAUUGAAAGAGUGGCUUGCGAAGCAGGCGGAAAGGGAAGAAAAGGUUGCCGCCAAUAAGAAAAGCCGGUUACAAAAGUUGGUGGCCGAACCGAAGCAUGAUUUCCACGACCCUGCCUAUGAAAAAGCGCGCGCCGCGAUUCCUGAACGUGUUCACGACUCGGUGGAGAAAGCUUUUGCGGGAAAUAAACGUAAAAUGACGGAUGAAUUCAAAGUGGAAAAUCAAACUGUAGCGAAGCGUACGUCAAAAGGGUUUUUGUUUGAUCCCCUGGGUCUUGACUCCGAAGGAGACGGAGAUGAAGAUAGUGAAGCUGAAGAUUCCGACGGUGAAGCUGACGAUCAAGAGGUUCAAGUAUCUGGAAUGAAUUACGAAACCAUGGUCUCUACAAUUCUGCGAGAAGCAACGUGUGCGACAGAUCUUGAAGACUUGGGUGUAGACUAUUUGCAGAUGUUGCUGGAUCGUCGUGAAAUUGCUUGCAGUGUCCGAAAUGAUGUGAAAGCCAUGGCUUCCGCUUUGUUCAAGUCUCUUGCUGACGAAGAUGACUCAAAGUAGCUUUUAAAAUUCUUCGCAGUUUUUGAUGUUUCGGCUUCUCUCAGUCGAUCAAAUUUGCGUCUGAGCCCUCUUCUGCGUUCAUCGAAGUAAUAUUUUUUCGUCGAUUCUUCGAAGCACCGCGAACGUAGGCAUCUAUCAAUAAUUGUCAUUUUUAUGUUCUUUUUCAAUGCGUGAAAGCAUUCUUUCCGACGGUUAUUCAGUUCUUUAAUCGAGUUCGUAUAUUUUUUUAAUGUCCGCUCGGUACUUCGCGUAAGUUGCCGUAUUCGCCUGAGGCGCACUUGGGAAACUUGCCCAAUAAACUUUCAGGUUAUGAAAAAGGCUCAUGUGAAAUAAAGGGCUUACGUGAAAGUGGAAGCAUUUACAAUGCUGCGACGAAGGUUCAUGGGGAACUUCUUCCAUCGGCGAAGCAACUGUCGUUCAAUAUAAUUCCAUCAAAUCUGAUGAAAUCUAGUGAUACCAGCAUAAUCAGUAUUCGUGCUGAAGUGAAUCGAGCAAUGUUCGAUUUUCACGACUUCGUUGUAUCGGAACCGGCGCUUUAUCUAUCACCGACGUCGCUGAAGCGUGUGGCUGAAUUGCAAGUAGAAUACGUUCGGCGGAAAGGUUUGGAUCUGGCGAAACUCGGAGACGAAGAGGCCUUGCGUUUCAUCGACGACAUUCUAACCCAGCUGGGUUCAAUCCAGCUUUUCGAAAAUUCCGUGAGUUUCUGCAUACAUGAGAGCACAAGUGUGAAACCUGCAGAAGAAGUAGGAGAGAUCGUAUCGAUUCGCUCGACGAUGACAUCGACUUCCGAGCAUUUAAUGAAAGCGGUUUUGUUUAGUAUGAGCGAAGUGCGGAAAUGUGAAAUUAUCGUCAGUCGUUGCCUUGGAUUAGGUGAAUUGCUGGUCGCUGGCUGUGAAGAUAUGCACACGAUUGUCACGAAAAAUGCGAGGAUCAGAUUUCUUAUUCUGAGCUUACUAUUGUUCUUCUCUUAUUGUAUUCUCGUGCUUCAUUUUAUAUUGGACUGAGGAUCAAAGUUCCUUUAUAAUAAGUGUCUUGCUCAAAAACGACGUUUGUAUCUAUCAUCAUUCCAUGUACAAUUACAAAACGAGCUGUGCAACCUCAUGCAGAUUCGAGUGAUAUUAUAUCGGAUCAUACAACUUUUUCGGUUGAGAUCCGAUUCCGAAGAAGUCGUUACUUUGCCUUUUUCGAGGAAGACACGGCUGCCGUUCUUUAUUCCGUGGAAUGUUUUCUGUCGAUUUUGUGACUUUAUUUUUGCAUUUUAUGCUUAUUUCAAUUCAGCCAGAUCACAGCAUACUUUUUUAGUCAGUAAUUUACUUGGACGUCAUUUGUUGUUCAUUGAACUUUCAGCGUAUUUUGUUUCGAUGCGAACAUUGUUCGAGCGUAUUUUGAUUUUUGUGUGAGAAUCGGUUAUGCAUUCAGGGUAUUUCGUGAUCUCUCGCAAGAUAUUUUCAGUGGGAACUUUGAGCUUUGCGAUUGUGGUUUUAUCGAUGGGAAACUUCAGGGUUCAUUUGUGGUCAGCAAAGAAAUAUACGUUUGGGACGGUGUCAGUCUGUGUUCGUGCUUGUGAUAUUGAGGUUAUUUAUGUCAAGUUUUGUCGAUUUGUUAGAAAAACAUUGCAAACUACAGUAAUUCCCGCUGCUCUCAGAAUACCGGUAUUCGUUUUCCGAAAAAAGAAAAAUCCUCGUAUCAGGGGAAGCGAAAUUGAUUUUGAACUUCUAGAAAAGUUGAAAAUCAGUGCAGUAAAUCGCAGUGUUGAGCUGUCCGUUUCCAUACAGAAGUGCA